ACGAUCGGCACGAUCCCCGACGCCUGGCCCAAGGAGUGCAACACCUGUGGCCGCAUCUGCGUGCACCCCGCGGGCAAUUUCGUGAUUGUUUCGAACCGGGGCCACGACAGCAUCACCGUCUUCCGGGUGCAUUACGAGCGGUCCUGCCGCGGCAUGCUGUCCCUCGUCGACGCCCAGCACACCCGCGGCGCCACGCCGCGCCACUUCCAGUUCGACGGGUCGGGGCAGUGGCUGAUCACUGCGAACCAGGACUCCGACAGCAUCGGGGUGUUCCGCUUCAACCUGGCCACUGGCAAGCUGGACUGGACUGGCCACGAGUACAGGGUGCCGUCCCCGAACUUCGUGUGCUCCGUCCAGCCCCACGCGAAGCCCCUGAUGCGCAGGGCGCGGAGGACCUCCCGCUCUCGGUCGCGCUCGUCGGGCUCCCCGGGCUGGCUCUGA